AUGACUUUUCAGCCAUUUUGAUGUGGCUUGGCUUGGCCCUUAUGCUAUGGCGGAGAUGGAUGACGGUGACGAGCCGGCUCUGGUUCACACGCACAGUGGUUCGUCUGGGUCAAAAUCUGGUGGGGACAAGAUGUUUACUCUGAAGAAAUGGAAUGCUGUAGCCAUGUGGAGCUGGGAUGUCGAAUGUGAUACGUGUGCCAUUUGUAGGGUACAGGUUAUGGAUGCAUGCCUGAGGUGUCAGGCGGAGAACAAGCAGGAGGACUGUGUUGUGGUCUGGGGCGAGUGCAACCACUCUUUCCACAACUGCUGCAUGUCCCUGUGGGUGAAACAGAACAACCGCUGCCCGCUUUGCCAGCAGGACUGGGUGGUGCAGAGGAUCGGCAAGUGAGGACGGGCGGUGCCAGCGCCAGUUGGCCUCCAUCCUCACCUUGCCCACCCAUGCCCAAUCAUCACCAGCCUCCGUCCCGAUUGGCUUUCACCUCCGCCAGGGUGACAGAGUUCUUUAACACCCUUCGUUCCUCCCCCAUCCUGUGUGUGUGUGUCUAUUUGUGUGUUGGUGUGUGAAUGCACCAACCAGUGUGUGUGUCAAGGGUCGGCGUGGCAGUUCUGGAAGGUUCUCAGUGAACGCCCUGUAGCACUUAAGCUUGCCUCACCUGGGUGAUGGGGUUCGGGAUGGAAAUAUCAGAUAAAGACAUGUUGCACAUCAGUGGUAUGUUUUUAAUGGGGAAGUCUGUGUUUGUGUGUUUUUCUUUGUUGCACUGCUCAUAGAGUAAUAAACUGUGAGUGACUGGA